UCAACGGGAGGAGACAUUCUCACCGAGUAAUCGGACCGGUGAUGAUCGAGCCCCAUAUAAGGUCAUUGAGUUACCGCCACCCGAACUAGUACCACUCUCUCAAUCAGUGUACCCUCACGAAUUUUCAAGUGCAACAAGUGUAUCAACCGUCCAUCUCCGUUACUAAACGACGUGUGUUUUAAAAUACAAGUUUAUAAACUAAGAAUUAACUAAAUAAAACUAAACUAAAAUUUAAAUCGGCAUUUAACAAGGGCAUAUUAAGGCAGAGGAUAUUAUUUUAGAUCGGUAUUCAAUCGAUUUUAUUGGCUAGAAGAUAUUAAAGUAACAUAUAUUUUCUAUCGUUUUCAUUCAGAUAUAAUAGACAAUCGUGAAACGAAGAGAAAGAAGAAAAAGAAAACAAGUGGUCGUGCGUAACAAGGAAGGAAAAAAGCGGGAAAAUUGUAAAGAGAAAGGAAGAAUAACCACAAAUGGGAGAACCAUCGUAAGUAGAGAAAUACAGAAAAGUGAAACGUAACAUACGUGGAAAACACUGCUGUAAUACCGUGAAAACUACGUAAAGGAAUAAUCUCGUUAGAAGAGAAGAAGAACGAUCUGAAACUAAAAGGAGACAGAAAAGUCGAAGAUAUACGUUCAACAAUUUCCAAAUACGUGACAAAUCAAAAAGAAGAAGAAGAAUCGUGACGAACAAACAUUACGAAAAUUUCCAGCGGGAGGAAGAAAUAAGGAAAACGUCGCCGCUAAACAGAGAAGAUAAGAGCUUACAAUUAGUAAGAAAGUGUGAAUACGUGGAAGACUCAGUAAGAAAAAGAAAAAAGAACAGAAUCUUGGAAAAUUCGAAGAAUCCGUUAAAUAUUAUCCUAUCUACGAACAUAUCUACCCAUAACGUGAACUCUCGUUGAGAAGUCAAGCGGGCAAGAGUGAAAGUCCGCUGCUUCCUAAAUUCUAUCGAAGUUUCGAGUGUACUGCUGCUGGUUCUUUAAUAAUAUCGAGCACCUGCCCGAGUUUUGGUCGAGUUGGUCGCCGGAUCUCUGACGAAGAACAGGAACGAUAUCAAAGACGAGACGCGAAAAGGUCAAACCACGUGAGACAGCAGUUCUGAGAUGGGCACUAUUCUGCAACAGUCGGUGUUAAAAGGCCGACAGAUCAGCAACGCCGGCAAGGAGAAGGAUUUACUUCAUAAAUUAUUCAGUCAAGCGGCGGCAAAUUAUUCCAGCCAGCUGGCAAUCCGCUAUGAAGAUGACGAUGGACACGAGUAUACUAUGCUUUACGAUGAGUUGAACGAGCUGACUAACAAAUUCGCCAGAGUAUUCCAAAAAUUGGAAAAGCCAGACAAUUUAUCGAAAUCAUUCGUAGCAGUAUGUAUGAAGCCAUCGCAUCGACUGCCAACAGUGUUAAUUGCCAUAUUGAAGGCCGGUAUGGCGUAUCUGCCCUUGGACGCAGAGUUUCCGAUGGCCAGGGUGAAACAUGUUCUGCAAGAAGCAAAACCUUUCGCAGUGGUGAUAGAACAAGGAGCGGAUGCAUCGAUUUACGAGGGAACAAAUACGAUAACGUAUGAACAGUUGUUGAAACAAUCUGAAGCUGAGGAGAAAGAGGAUUUGGAGUAUAACGAGGACCCUGAAAGCAUUGCUAUCGUUUUGUAUACUUCUGGAAGCACGGGCACGCCGAAGGGAGUGCUUUUGCCGCACGCGGCUGUGUUAAACCGACUACAAUGGCAAUGGCGCGAGCUGCCUUAUGCCACCGACGAGCAACAUUGUAUUUUUAAAACAUCUUUGACCUUCGUGGAUAGCGUGUCAGAAAUUUGGGGACCUCUGUUGCAAGGAAGAACCAUAGUAAUUGUCUCCAAACAUAUUACCAGGGAUCCAGAGAGAUUCGUCUCGGUAUUAGAAAAGUACAAGAUUCAACGAUUGGUGCUGGUCCCAUCGCUACUGUACUCUAUGCUGAUGUACUUGAAUCUACGGAACAAGGACAGCGUGCUACGUUCUCUAAGACUUUGGGUAUGCUCUGGAGAAAUGUUGCCAGUUUCGCUGGCGGAUCAAUUCUUUGCAACCUUCGGCGACGAUAGUAAAAUCUUGGCGAAUUUCUAUGGAAGCACGGAGAUCAUGGGAGACGUUACCUAUCAUCUGUUGACCAAUCGGAAGCAACUACAGAAUACGCAGAAAGUGCCAAUUGGCAAGCCGUUGGACAAUUGCGUUAUUUAUAUCGUGAACAAAGAGAUGCGGCUGGUACCGCAGGGCGAAGUCGGAGAACUGGUAGUCGCCGGAAAGAACCUUGCAACAGGGUACAUCCGCGACAAUGAGUCCCGCAAGUUUCAGGACAAUCCUCAUGCCAUCGAUCUAGAACACUCGAGGAUUUAUUGCACUGGAGAUUAUGCAAGAAUAUCGAAAGGAGUGAUCGUGUACGAAGGACGCGUAGACUCGCAAAUUAAAGUUAGGGGACACCGUGUAGACCUCACGGAAGUGGAGAAAACAGUAUCAAAGGCACCUGGUGUCGACGAAGUGGUUGUCCUCUGUUACAAACCCGGUGAAUUGUCUCAGGCACUACUUGCUUUCGUAACUGUUACAAACGAUUCGUCCACUUGCACUGUAAAAAUUGAAACGUUUCUGCAAGCCAAUCUACCGGUAUACAUGUUACCACGAGUCAUCAUCGUGGAUAAUAUUCCUCUUUUAACAAACGGGAAAACUGAUCGCCAAACACUGCUCAAGCAAUACGAAUCUUCUCAUCUCAAUAACGAGAAUGAGCAAUACAUGAACUGCGACUACGCCGACGUACCUGAAGCAGACUUAGCAAAGGCAAAAGUUCUGUUUCCAACGGUGGCGUCUGUAAUUGGUGGAGGAAGCCGCGCAGACGUUAGGAUCGAUGCAAAUUUCUACGAGAUUGGCGGAAAUUCCUUGAACUCGAUUUACACGGUAACAAAGCUACAAGAUCAAGGUUACGAAAUAGGAAUCACAGAGUUCAUCACGGCGAAGAAUUUGGGUGAGGUGCUCAACCGAAUGAAAACCAGCACGGAUGGCGAACCGAUUGAUAAUGGUCUUAACGAGGAAGAACAUAUCUUUGAGAUGUUGAACGAUUCUCAUAAAGAGGAUGUGACAGAGAUUAUUACAGAAAGUUUCUACAAUAAAGCAGACUUAGAACAGUGGUUAAUGCAAGAUAUAGCAAAAGAAGAUUACCGUAUAAUGAUGGAGUUACUUUGGAAACCAUUGGUAGAAAAGAAUUUAAGUUUCGCAGUAAAAUCGUCACAACAUGGCAGAACGAUCGGGGUAGCAUUAAAUUUCGAUCUCUGGGACGAGCCUGAGUUAAUUCUUGAUUCCAAAUUAACGAUCGUUUUCGAGUUCUUAGAAUAUCUUGAAGCACCCAUUAGAGAAAGGAAAUUGCCAAAAGGAACGGGUCAGAUUAUUCAUAAUUUUAUGAUGACAACAAGCAGUGACCUAAAUCCAGCUGAAAAUGUAAUUUUGAUGAAAGAGAUGGAAGAAUAUUGUUUACAAUUGGCUAAGAGAAAAGAAUAUGCUGGGAUUUUCACCACCAACACCAGUCCACUAACACAGCAACUCGGUAUAGACGUGUUUGGAUAUGAAACAAUGCUGACUUACCAAGUAAACAGGUACAUUGCCCCAGACGGUACGAAGCCCUUUAAAGAAGCGCCGGACAGUCAACUGGCAAUUUGCUCGUUGAAAAUGAUCGCUUAAUGUACCCUGGAAACCAACCGGAAAUAUUAGCGUUUCGAAUUGCACGAGAGUACAACGCUCGUACCAAUGAAGUUAAUAAGCAUGUCUGUAUUUAUA